AUGCCUCGUGAAGCACGCCCACCUCUGAAGGUGCCGGAGUCCUAUACUACUCUCCCACUUCGACAUGUUAAGGUCUCCCAUGUGCCUGAGUCGUCUCCCACGGCAACACCGGUCAUUUUGAUCACUCUGAACAGACCACAGAAACACAAUGCCUUCACCGAGGCUAUGCGCGUGGACUUGGAACGGGUAUACGAGCUUAUAGAUGUUGAUCCACGCGUCAAGGUGGUAGUUUUGACGGGAGCGGGAAGAAGCUUCUGUGCAGGUGCCGACCUCGAAAUUGGCUUCUUGGGCGCAAAGGAUGAGAACGGCCAGAUCAAGAAUCCCAAGACGGAGCGUGACGUUGAUCAUCGAGAUGGUGGUGGAAGAGUCUCCCUGGCCAUACAUCACUGUUCCAAACCUACAAUUGCCGCAAUCCAAGGUGCCGCUGUGGGUGUCGGCAUCACCAUGUGCUUACCGGCGUGUAUCCGGAUCGCCUAUGCAAAGGCAAAAGUAGGCUUUGUCUUCAGCAGACGAGGCAUCAUUAUGGAAGCAUGCUCUUCUUACUUCCUGCCUCGAUUGAUUGGUCACUCACGGGCAUUACACCUUACCACUACUGGCUCGGUUUAUCCUGCAGAGCAUCCCCUGUUCGGGACACUGUUCUCGGAGACGUGCUCGACACCGGAGGCAACAUUGGCACGAGCGCUUGAGCUGGCCGACGAGGUUGCAAAGAACACGUCAACUGUCGCGACAAAGAUGAUGAGGGAACUCAUGUACCGAGGUCCUGACAGCGCCGAGGGCACGCACCUGCUCGACUCAAGAAUCAUCCAUGGUUUGUUUGGCAGUAAGGACAAUGUAGAAGGCGUGCAGAGCUUCCUCGAGAAGAGACAGGUUAACUUCACCGGGCAGGUGCCGCAGGACGCCCCAGACUGGUAUCCUUGGUGGCAGCAGGUCGAUAUUGGUGACAAACCAGCCGAAAACAGGGGAUCAAAGUCGAAGCUGUAA